AUGGCCGAUAGGAUGAAGAUGCUCUUUAUGGAUGCACCUCCGGACGCGCUGGAGAAACUUUUAUCUCCAAGGCGUAAACUAUUUUACGGGUUAUUUGCCUUUGGACCUGGUACUAUCUUGGGGUUGUAUCUCUAUUCUGUAAAGAAACGAAUGGAGCGGGAGAAUGAAGCUAUGCGUCUGGAGAAAGUAGAAGGCGAGAUAACUAUCAUUCAGGAACGACAGGACAAGGAUAUGGCACUGGCCAAUGCUAUCCAAGAAAUGCGCGACCGUCUCGAACGACUGGAGAAGGAAAGUAUUGCUAAUCGACAAAACACUGCGAAGGAGGCAAGUGUUGCUAGUAAUAAGACGGAUACAGAGAAGAAACAAGCAGUGAAGGAUGUGGUAUCUCAAAGUGCAAGCAAGAUCGAUGUGGCAUUGGCUGUGCUAAAGUCCAACGAGCAGUCGGGUGGAAAUCAGCAAAAGGUGGCUGCAUCACCUAGUUGGCUUCAGUCGUCGUUUGAAGGCCCACAAGGACGCAGAGAACAACGUCAGUAUGAAAUGCUGCAUCAUGAUAUUGCGGUGCACGUUGCUAAGCAGAAAGAGCAAGCGAAAUAG